CCUCGGCCUCCCACAGUGCUAAGAUUACAGGUGUGAGCCACUGCGCCCGGCCUAGAAAUCUCUUUCAAGCUCAAUCACCCUCUAGGUCGACUAUACGGCCUAGCUGCUUGUCAAUUUAUCCCUUCCUCGCCAGCCUUAAUUCAAGUUCACAUUAUCACUUGAUUGGAUUAUUUCAAAAGCUUCCCUACCAGUCGGUCGCCCUACACCCUCCUCAGCCUCCUCCGACGGCUUACUCCCCGCCUCUUUCACUUUCUGGAGAGCACUGCGCUCCCCAUCCUCUCUGGGAAUUUACCGAUGCCCAGAACACCCUUCUUUCCCCCACACGACCCUCUCCUAGCCUAACUCCUGGGCGUGCUUUAAGCUCAGCUCAGGCAGCGUCACCUUCUCUGGAAAGCCCAAACCCAGUCAUCCCCCCACCCCCGGCCCACGCUGAUGAAGAGAGCAGUACACCCAACCCCCGCGUUCCCGCAGCGAGUGCGGGAAAGAAAAUUUACCUCCAGCGCGCUCUAGCCCGCCCAGCUUUCCGGCGCACUUCAGGGGGCGUGGCUCGGGCCCAUCCCGGCGGCGAGGCGGCAGCACCGGCCAAUAGGCAAUUAGCGCGCGCCGCGCUGCCUUCCCCGCGCCGGACCCGGGAGGUCUGAACGGAAGUCCGACCCUUCGGCGACCCGACGGCCUGACCCCGCGCCAUCCCCGACUGCCUGAACCGCUCCAGGAGACGGAGCGCAAGUCCAGCUUACCCACAGACGACUCAGGCGGGAGACGAGCGGUGUCAUGGCCGCCUACAGUGACGAUGGCGCAGCUUCAGCUCCCGCAGCUUCCGACGGUGGUGUCAGCAAAAGCACAACAUCUGGGGAGGAGCUAGUAGUCCGGGUUCCCGUAGUGGAUGUGCAAAGCAACAACUUCAAAGAGAUGUGGCCAUCCCUCCUGCUAGCCAUAAAGACAGCUAAUUUCGUGGCUGUGGACACGGAGCUGAGUGGGCUUGGGGACAGGAAGAGUUUGCUGAACCAGUGCAUCGAGGAACGUUACAAGGCUGUGUGUCAUGCUGCCAGGACCCGUUCUAUCCUCUCCCUGGGCCUCGCCUGCUUCAAGCGACAGCCAGACAAGGGUGAACAUUCCUAUCUGGCUCAGGUGUUCAAUCUCACUCUGCUGUGCAUGGAGGAGUAUGUCAUAGAACCAAAGUCUGUGCAGUUCCUGAUACAGCAUGGCUUCAACUUCAACCAGCAGUAUGCCCAAGGCAUCCCCUACCAUAAAGGCAAUGACAAGGGUGAUGAGAGCCAGAGCCAGUCAGUACGGACCCUAUUCCUGGAGCUAAUCCGAGCCCGCCGGCCCCUGGUGCUACACAAUGGCCUUAUAGACUUGGUGUUCCUAUACCAGAACUUCUACGCACAUCUCCCUGAGAGUCUGGGAACCUUCACUGCUGACCUGUGUGAGAUGUUCCCAGCAGGCAUUUAUGACACCAAAUAUGCUGCUGAAUUUCAUGCCCGCUUCGUGGCCUCCUACUUAGAAUAUGCCUUCCGGAAAUGUGAACGGGAAAAUGGGAAGCAGCGGGCAGCUGGCAGCCCACACCUUACCCUGGAGUUCUGCAACUAUCCUUCCAGCAUGAGGGACCAUAUUGAUUACCGUUGCUGCCUGCCCCCAGCAACCCACCGUCCUCAUCCCACCAGCAUCUGUGACAACUUCUCGGCUUAUGGCUGGUGCCCCUUGGGACCACAGUGUUCUCAGUCCCACGAUAUUGACCUUAUCAUUGACACUGAUGAGGCUGCAGCAGAGGACAAGCGGCGACGGCGACGACGUAGGGAAAAACGGAAGAGGGCUUUGUUGAACCUACCGGGGACACAGACCUCUGGGGAAGCUAAGGAUGGUCCUCCCAAGAAGCAGGUCUGUGGGGAUAGCCUCAAGGCUGAAGAAACCAAGGAGGUGGCUGAGAAUGAAACUAGAAAUCUGCCUCACUCCAACCAAGGCAACAAAAAUGACUUAGAGAUGGGGGUUACGGCAGCAAGGCCUGAAAUAGCUGAUACAGCUACCUCAGAAGUGCCAGGGAGCCAAGCCAGUUCUAACCCAGUACCUGGGGAUGGAUUGCACCGGGCUGGUUUUGAUGCCUUUAUGACAGGUUAUGUGAUGGCCUAUGUGGAAGUAAGCCAGGGACCCCAGCCCAGCAGCUCUGGACCCUGGCUCCCUGAAUGCCACAAUAAGGUAUAUUUGAGUGGCAAAGCUGUACCCCUCACAGUGGCCAAGAGCCAGUUCUCCCGUUCCUCCAAAGCCCACAAUCAGAAGAUGAAGCUCGCUUGGGGCAGCAGCUGAUGCAACUUCCACCUAGCACUCAGGUGGAACAGAGGUAUUUUGGGUCUUUCUAGCCUGUAAAUGUCAUACUCAACUACUACUGAGUUUAGGGGAGGGGGAGUGUCCUGACAGACAUAUCACUGCAUUGCCCUGGACCUCCUCCUUUAUCUCAGUGUCUGAGGUACAAGUAAGAAGGCUGACCAGCACCUGUAACACCGACUUUAUUUUUAAGUCUGAAAAUGUCUUGGGAAAGUUUUACAAAAAAAAUCAACAGAAGCAAGUUAUGAAAAUA